AUGGACAAAUGCUCUACGCAGGGGAAUGGCCUUGUGGACUUCAUGGCGCUUGUCCUUGCUGAUGCAAAAGUGUCAAACAGUAUCACGAUGACGCAGAAGGCGCUCACCUACUUCAAGAAGAACAGCCAUACAACACGAAGUCAAGACAUCUUCACUACUUUUUGCCGCGAGGAGCAGGAGCGGCAACUGCAACGCGAUGAACAGCAAGCACGCUUGGAAAAGGUGAAAAGCGAAAAACUGCGACUGGCUGAGCUACGAGCGCACCGCGCUGCUCUCGCUGAAGAAGAGAGGCUAGCCGCUAUAGAGAGGCGCCGCGACGCAGC